CCUUCCUUCACUCCCCCCAUCAGCCUGUCUACACGGCCACCAAACACGGAGUCAUCGGCUUCACCAGAGCCAUGGCGGACGCCUCGGCUUACGGAGACUACGGAGUCCGGAUCAACGUCCUGUGUCCCGCCUUCGUGGACACGCCGCUGCUGGAGACAGUAAAAGACGAGGACAACAUGGGGAAGUUUGUCAAGUUCAAGGAUGACUUCAAACGCAGCAUGGACAAGUUUGGAGUCUUACAGCCGGCUCUGAUUGCUGAAGGGAUGAUGAAGCUGAUCACAGACAGCAGCCUGAACGGAGCUGUGAUGAAGAUCACCUGCUCCAAGGGGAUCCACUUCCACAUCUACGAACCCACGUCGGCCUGACAUGGAUCCGACCCGCCAGGGUCCAGGCUCGGGUCUGGGCCGGGGUCCGGCUUGGGUGCUGCAGGAUGGAGUUGGAUUUCUCAGCAUCCAAAAUGUUUGUGUGAGAAGUGAAUGAGAGGACAGACUCCGGAGUCCAGAUAAGAAGCUUUAUUUUCUGUUUUGAUUUAAUUUAUAUUCAAACCUUUGGUUUCAACUUGAAUCUGAGUCCAAACACCUUUUAGAAGGAAACACUUCAGUUCUUUAUUUGAACUCAGAACCAAACCUGCAGAAACUAAAACAACCGAAUUAAACCAUUUGUUUUGAUUAAAGUGUCGAUCAUGUUAGAGCUCUGAGUGUCUGAUGGAGACCACUCUCAGCUACUACCACCCCACAUUAACAGCAGGAACACUCUUACAGUCUGUGCACGUUGUUCUGUCU